AUGAUAAACACGUAUUCCACCCUUUCAACACCAUCCUCUUCACGAAAUCCAUCACUGCUAUCACUCACAUCACCUCAAAUCACUCAAACGUCUUUUUUCACAUCAUCAUCGUUCACUAAUGUUUUGUCAAACUCUUUCGUUCGUAAACCGUCAAGAUUAAAUCCUGACAGUAACUAUGUUACGAAGGAUUUGGACGGAAUAUCGAAAUCAUAUUUGGAAAUCAAAUUGGUCGAACCAGUCAUAUUUUUUCGUGGUAAAGCGGAAGAGUCCGUCGGGUGUGUUCUGAGAGGUGAUUUGAUGGUACACUUAUCAAAACCGACGAGAAUUCGAAAGUUGGAAAUGAAAUUUGUCGGCAAAACGAAAACUCAUUGGAAAGAUCGAAAAACUCUUUUGGAAGAACGAGAAUUAAUUUCUCACACGUGGAAAUUUUUAACCAUCACCAACGAAGAAAUCGUCGAAGAAUCCAUCGAUGAUCGAGAAUCGAUGGAGGCAGAAAAUUUGAAGGCACGAUUCAAAUUUUUGACACCGAAUUUCCGGAGAGGCGUCAGUAAAAAUGGGGAUCGCAAGAAUAGUCACGUAACCGAAAAACUACCAGCUGGAAUACACACCUAUCCUUUCGAACUGUUUUUACCAGGUAAUCUACCCGAGACUGUAAACACCGAAUUGGGCAAUGUAUCUUAUUACUUGCACGCGAAGGCAACGAGGUCAAGAUUUAAACCAAACAUUAUACUGCACCAACCGAUUGAAAUUCUGCGAACCAUACCUGACCAUGUUAAUACACAGGGCAUAGCGUUUUCCAGGGAAUUCAAUGACAUGUUGUCGUAUGAGAUCAGCAUACCCAAGAAAGGAUACCCGAUUGGACAAACCAUUCCUAUAGAAAUGAAGAUUUGUCCGUACGUAAAAAGGCUUCGGGUGAUCAGUGUAAAGGUGGAACUAGUGGAGAAGACCACUUACACCUCGCACGAACAAAAGGUCACCGACUCAAAAGUAGGCACUACCAAGACAUUGUUCAAAUUCGGAGAGGAGAGGUUGAUCGAGGACCACGAGGAAGGCGACGUUGGCAAUGUCGUCUAUUCCCAAGUCAUGCACAUGGAAGUUCCAAAAUGUGCUUCGCCUAUCCAUUACUCCUGUGCCACGCCUCUGAUCAGCGUGGCACAUGACCUGAAAUUUACCUUUUCGCUAACGUUACCGGAUAUCCCUUCGAAUAAGGCGGAACUUAAGAUCUGUGUACCUAUCACUAUUCUGUCAUGUAAGGCCCUAGAGGAUUACGUAGGAUUACCUAGCUAUGAGGACUCUAGUUCUUAUUGUCCAUGUGAUCCGGAAUAUAUGAGAAUGGCGAGAUUGGUGCUGGGUGAGGAUGCCAAGGAGAUAUUGAAAAAUGGAAGUUGUAAAUUUUUUACAGCUUGCAACAAAAAUUCGAGGAGUGAUGUGCAUGAGCAGUCCGAUAAUUAUUUAACGGUGCCUGGAAAUCAUUACGCCAAACAUUUACGAAAUCAUCAUCAAUCACCUCCAAGUUAUGAGGCUUCGAUAGCCGAGAGUUUUGAUUCCAGAUAUUAA